AUGGCUACUCUCAAGACUAUGCUCAUGUCCUACACUGAACAAGAUCAACUUGACAACGUUUGGGAUCGCCAUUUGCCCGAAUUUCAGCUUGCCUACAAUUCUACCAUACACGCUUCCACUGGGUACUCUCCAUUUUCCCUUGUACAUGGUCGUGAACCACGCCUUAUUGGCCAAGUUGAUUUUACACCUCAAGACACUUCUGCUUCCACUUAUCGCCAGGUCACCGAUGUUUAUUUAUCUCGUGCUCGUGGUGUUGUACAACUCGUCAAUCAACGUACUCAAGCUGAGAAUGCUACAACCAUGAAUGCUUCGUGUGGUGCACAUACACACAAUGACAUGCACCUAUCAUCUAUGCCAAA